CCUUAGAAACCCGCCCCGGCUGCCCUUGUCAGCGGCUAAAGCAAGGAGCACGGCUGCUGGUUCUGGGGUUAGCACCACAGAAGGAUGGGGCCCGCAGCCUGGGCUCAGCAGGGAGACACAGAGAAGGUUAGGGUCGCGCGGAGAGGUGGCGUGUGACCAAAGAGUGUCUGGAAAAAUGGGCGAGCAGGUGAGCGGCAGCUAGAGCGACUCCCUCCCCGAGCCGGUCUUCCGUGGCGCACGUCGCGAAUCCUUGGCUGGCUCGGUCGACGGCAGCUGCAACACUGAGUGAGUCGCCAGCCAUGCAGAGCGUUGGGGACGCGCAAACCAACGCUGGCCUCAGCACCGGCAGUGUCCUGCCUCGCUGAGGUCGGAGGGGGCGCGGGAGCGCACUGCCAUGGCCAGGGAGGAGAGCAAGGCGCUGCUGGACGCGCUCAACAAGACGACCGCGUGCUACCACCACUUGGUGCUGACGGUGGGCGGAUCGGCGGACUCGCAAAACCUUCGGGGGGAACUGCAGAAGACGCGCCAAAAGGCACUGGAGCUGGCUGUGGCCGCCGGCGGCCGGCUGACGGUCGCGCUGCGCGACAAGGGUCUGGCCAGCGAGGAGCGCGCAGAGUUCGAGCGCCUUUGGGUGGCCUUUUCCGGCUGCCUGGACCUGCUGGAAGCCGACAUGCAGCGCGCGUUGGCGCUGGGCGCCGCGUUCCCUCUGCACGCGCCCCGCCGGCCGCUGGUGCGCACGGGUGUGGCGGGCAGCUCCUCUGGGAUAGCGGCUCGCGCCCUGAGCGCCCGCAGCCUGAGGCACGAGGCAGAAGGCGACUUCGACGUCGCAGAUCUGCAGGAGUUGGAGCGAGAAGUCCUUCAGGUGGGCAAGAUGAUCAACGAAAUGGAAAUGAAAGUCAACGUGCCCCGCUGGACAGUGCAGGCCCGGCAGACGGCUGGCGCCGAACUCCUGUCCAGUGCCUGCGCCAGCGCCGUCUCGGCCGUGUCGCUAUCUGAACGCGCGGGGCCCUGUGACCUGAGAAAGGCCCUGGCUGCAACGGUGUUCAGCGCGGUGCUGCUGGCGGCUGUGGCUCUAGCCUUGUGUGUAGCAAAGCUAAGCUGACCCACACCUGCUGGUCUUCAUCACCGCCUCUCCCUCCGCGGAAACAAGACUCCGGAUGGGCUUGAGUUCCAGGUUGUUAGAGGAGCGGCACUAAAACACUGUGUGUGUCGUGGGUACCCGCACAUUUCAUGCACACUCCCGCAUACAUAACACAUGGCUUUUCUGUUGUUGGUCUGGGAGGAGUUAAAUUUUCCCGGGCGGACAGAGCAUUACAGCUAAUGUUUGCAGGAGCUUUAUUCUCUAUUCAUGGCAGAUGGCCCACAAUAACCCCAGAUUUCGCUGUGUUACUGGGGCACCGUUACACGUAAUCCUAAUUUGUUGCCCCCAACCCUGCCAAUGUCCUCCAUUGUCUACAUGUAACAGUUUGGGAAAGUGGGUGAGGUGGGAGGAAACCUGGAGGGCGCAGUGGUUUUGCUCUGUGUAGGUAGUUGUUCUGUUUCUUAGACAAGAAACAAAUUGCAAUAAGACAUGAACAGUUUUUAUUACCUUAAUCCUGUGGGGCCUAUGCUUAGAAGAGUGUGCAGCUAGAAGUUCAUAUAAAGUGCUUUCUGUGUGGUGCAUUAUUGUACUUCUUGGCAGAGUUUAUCCACUAGUCACCAAAAGCAGCUACAGAGAGCUUUGAAGUUGGGAGAUCUCCUAUCACCAUGUAGGGUCUGACCUUAUUUAGGAAACCAAAGAAGACGGUUUAACGCUGUAGCAGGAUUGUAUCGGCUUCACACCCUUGGCCUGCAGAAAAGAGCCCUUCUUAGCCAGCCCAGGAUGGGGGAAAGGAGUCAGGAUGCUUUAGAGAGAACCACAAAUAGGAAUGGACGCUUUCUCCUUCACAGGGGCUUAUUUUCAUUCCACAACUAAACCAAAGUGUUUGAUCCUCCUUUGAGGCAGGGCUGGAGAAUCCUCUUUGGAGUAUUUAAUCCUGUCUAUCCCCAGAAUUUGCUUACUGGCCAAUAGGAGAGAUAGCUUUGAAGGGAGCUGUGUAGCUCCCUGACCCCUACUGUUCCCAAAGAGGGUAAUGUGGCAUUACUGGCCUACAGAGGUUUUGGCCAAUCAGCUCUGAGACUGGGUUAGAAUUUGUAACAGCUUUAACUUGGAAUGUAAGAAGCUUUUUUUAGAAAUCGGUAAUCACCUGGAAGGAAAAAAAAAUCACAUCAUGCACUGUCAAAGCCAUUUUUUUUAAAAUAAAGGACAUUGGGCCACAAAUUCAUACGUGCCAAUGAGUAAAACACAGAACUUAGGUUACUGAAUAUUCAUCUGCAUCUAUUAAAAUCUAUAUUCUUAAAUAUAGAUUGAAUAUUGAGGUUGUAGCAUAAACUGCUGGUGUGGAUGACGGAAGUAAGUGGCCCUGACCAGUACAUAAGGAAAUGUGGAGAACACUUUUGGUCCCAUUUGCCUGAGCAAUGCUGCCCCCUUUUACUUGGAGUCCAGAGAGGGCUCUACCACAUUCCUGAGGGAAGUGAGGCUGAGAAAAUCGAUGUACAAAACUUUCUAAAGAUAAUUCAGAACAAAAGAGACCUUAAUUUGGCUGAAAUUUGAUGAAGGGCCUUUUUUCCUUUUGUACCCCAGAAGUGGGGAAGGGACCAGGUGGAGGGAACUGGCAGUUUUUCACAAGGGCAUCUUGGAAAGCCAAGGGCCAGAAUUAAAUAUUGUAGGGUUGCUGUCUGGGCACCCAGUCUUAAAGACCACUUUCUUUGCCCAUUCCCUCUCUCCUUCAGCCUAUAGAUUCCUAUUUGCAUGUGUAAGGAUCAUGCUUUUUUAAAGGGGGUUUGGGUGUGGCUCACUGGUAAAAUGCUUGCCUAUUCUACAGAAGGCCCUCUUUUUGUAAAAAGGUAAAUCAGAUCUACAAGACUUUUGAAGCUGAUCGGAGAUUGUCUCAAUACCAAAGGGAUGGAGAUGUAGCUCUGAGGGUUCAAUUCCCUGAGCCACAAAAAAAGAAAGAAAGAGAGAGAGAAGGAAGGAAGGAAAGAAAGAAAGAAAGAAAAAGAAAGAAAGAAAGAAAGAAAAAGAAAAAACUUUGUUACAACAUUUACUAAUAAGGCGAGCUUCUUCUGCCUCACUAUCUGGGUGAGUCUACAUAAGGGCCACACUUGGUUUUCUUGCACUGCCUGCCCAGGAUGUCUUUGGAGACAACACAGAAAUACUUUAAACUUCACCUCCCACUCAUGACGUGGAGUCUCUGAUACCUUCUCCAAAGUCUCCUCUCUCAUGCAAGAGAAAAUGGGGCAUUUAUAACCCUGUGUUGAAAAAUAUCCCAAAAACCAAAUCCCAGAUAUACUUCUAAAAUUACAGUUUCUAGGAUUUCAAUCUUCUGUUCUUUUCAGGGUAUUCUAUUUAUGAAAGAGUGAUGUUCAGAACGGCCUAUUUUUAAAAAACUCUCAGAAGGUAAUCCACUGAGAACAAAUGGGAUAAAUACAUUUUCUUCUCGCUCUUUCCAGCUACUUGGCAGUUCCUAGAGUUUUAAAUUUUACAUGCAAUCACAUGUGUAUCUGAUUCUGAGGAUUCUCUACCCAAGGAAAUUAGUAAAAAAAAUGUUGCAAAAAGAAAACGCUAAUCACAGUAAACAUACUCACUUGUGGACCUGUUACCCUACAAAAGUCUGAGUUUGAAUAUUUUAAGCAUUAGGAAUAUUUGAUAUCCUUUGGAGUUAUUAUAUCAACUGAUAAAACUUCUAUAUGACACAAGCAAAAUCACUUUCUGCCUUGUGCCAUAAGCGGCUCUCUACCUAAUAUCCUUGCUUUCAUUUCUAUAUAUAAUGCAAGAGAUUGCUUUCUGAUAGAAGCCUAAUUCAAUUUAGAUGUUUGGUAGGGAAGUGAUUGAUUUUCCAUGAAUAUUUGAUAUGGUCUUAUACUGUGAUAUGGGCAAUAGUAGAAUAUUUUAAAUGCAUUAGUUGACAUUAAAAAGAAGUUGGCAUGGCCAGGGACUUAUUAUAAUAUUUAUAGCAGAAAAAUACCUGGCUAUUUUUUAUAUAUUCUAAAAACCUAUGUUUUUAAAUGACACAAGGGAAAAACAUUUUUGCUAAGUAAAAGAUAAGAGCGUAAAUGUCAUGAUUUGCCUACAGUUAUACAGUAUGUAUAAAAGAUGUGUGAUAUUUAAUGACUAAAAAGGAUGUGUGAUGCUCUGAUGAAAGAGACCAGUUUGCAUGAGAACCCUGGUAAUGCUGCUGCUCUUCUCCAGUGUUCACAUUGAUCCAUUUUUAGCUACUUGGUCCUUUCUGAGAUUGUGCUUCUGUGUUCUGUAGUGAAUGCUUUGUAAGGGCGCAAGCCCCAGAGUGUGAGCCUGUGUGUCAGCCUGAGAAAAGAAGUGUUGUAGACUUCAUCUCCAGUUCGUCUGAGGUAUGCCUCUUUCCUCAGGGCUUAGCCAGCUGUGAUGGGCAGGGAACUCUGCCUCUCUCCAGGUACCUCAACAAGACAUUGACCUCCCUGUGCCUCAAAUCCUUCAUUUGUGAGUUGGGGUUCACAAAUGACUGAUUCACUCAAACAUCCCUUUAGAGCUUAAAAUGUUUAACGGAAUGCAGUAAAGAAAGGAUUAUAUGAUUGAUUGUUUGGCUUGGGGUUUGUUGCCUGUUAGCGUGGGUCCAUACAGGAAUGAAGUCUUACAGCUUAGUGAUUAUUGUCUAAAAUUAAUUUUUAAAGCAUAACAUUAAAUUCUAUAUUAAUUUUAAGAGAACUAACAAGUCUCACUUUGAUUUUUUUUUUUUUUUGCACAUCGGAAUUAGUAAAUGGACUUUAAAAAGCAAAUGUGGGCUAGAUGUAGUAGAACAUUUCCAUAAUCUCAAAACUCAGGAGGCUGAGGCAGGAGGAUCCUGAGUUCAAGCCCAAUCUAAUCUAUCUCAAAAACCAAUCACAACAACAAAAGCAAACGUGGGACUGGGGUUAUAGCUUGUUGGUAGAGAACUAGCCUACCAUGCUUAAGGGGCUGGCACCACAAAGAAAAAAAUAGUAAAUGUGUAUAUAUGCUAUUUAUUUAUAGUAUUUAAAUUAGAUAAAUAAUUUAAAUUCAGACUCUGAGUCCAAGUUAUGUAAGUGGCCUGUGAUGUGUGGUAAUCAGGCUUCCUAAAUGGAUUCUGGGAAAUUGUAGAUAAAAAUCCCCGUCACUUGUCACAAAGGCUGGAAGAAUAAUAGUAUUCUGUAAGUUGGCUACCUCAAAACUGUAACUGCAUUAGCUGCAGCAGUGGUUGCUUCUGUAUGUGACAUCAGAAAUACAGUGGGAUAAAAGGUUUCAUGUCUACUCUUUGACAUCUUAUAUUGACAGGUUAUAGAAUUUUUAUUAACAAGUGAAAAUUUGAAGAUAAUAUGCAACAUGUGUGACUUAGUGGGAAAAGGCACUCUCAAAUGAUUCAGUUAUCAACUUGUAAUGUUAAAAUAUUAUCCUUAACUUUCCUCACAUCUAUUUGAAUGAGUGAACAUCCUGAUCAACAUAUUUGUCCUUUAUAGAUUAUAUAACAUGAAGAGAUGUCCACAAAAACUCCCAGAUCAUAAAGCUCCAGGUCUGUUUCUACAAUUUGAUUACACUCAGCUUUUAAUGCAGGAAGGAAUCUAGGAGAAGUAGAUCUCUGGUUGCAGUCAUGACAAGCCAAAGUCAUAUUUCAAAUACUAUUUCUUCUGACUUUCAGAAACUGGCCAGGUGGAGAAGCUGUGGUCCUUUGUCUGUGAGGACAAAAUACAUUUCUCGUUUCUUUAUUUUUCGUCUCAUCCCAUAGAGCAGUGGUGGCGAACCAAGGUACCCAUGCCACAGCAAGCAAGCAGAGGCUGCUCUGUGAUGACAUCACAAGUUGAAUGAGUUAGUUUUUUCCUAAAUGAAAACCUCAGUAUUCAAGUUUAAUAGCAAUGCUGGCACUUUGCAAUAAAUAAGUGGAUUUGGGGUUGCAGCUUGGACACUUGCUCUCUACUAAAAGGUUCGCCAUCACUGCCAUAGAGGUCCCUGGUGUUUUCAGUUCAGUACUAUGAAACGUUGGACAUCCUCAUUGUUUGGUGUUUUUGUUGAGAAUUUGUAAAUCAUAGGACUGCGGACAUAUUAUGUGAUAGAAUUCUGAAUGGUAGAACUCUUGACUAGCAUGCAUGAAUCCCUAGGUUUACUCCCCAGCACAGCAAAAUGAAAACUUUAACACUUACAUCACCAGUAUAUAAAUAAACUAAGAGUGCUUCUGUUGUCAAAUGUGUUUUUUUAAAGAGUCAUUUUAAUAUUCUGGUGCUGGAAAGCAAAGUUGAGUGUCCCCUGCUUAUAUGUAUGUGUUAGGUAUGUGGAGAAGAUUUAUAAAGAAAUAUAGAGAAAUGAAAAUAUUUGUUAAAGUGGUGGGAUUAUGAAUGGUGUCUUUCAAUAUUUUAAUUUCAUGUUAUAUUGUUUUUACAAUAAAAUUUUGAAUUAUUUUA